AUGGGAAACCCACAGAUACUCUUACUCGUACCAUAUGGACUAGUUGUGUUACUUCACUUCUCAUGCUUCCUGAAGUUAACCUCAUCUUCCACUUCCAACUUCACAGAUCAAACUGCUCUUCUUGCCAUUCAAUCCAAACUCACAUUUGAUCCUACUGAAACUGUCUUGGGUGGCAACUGGACCACCAACACAAGCUUCUGUGAUUGGAUUGGGGUCUCUUGCGGUAAUCGAAGGCAAAGAGUCAUCGCCUUGGACCUGUCAUUUAUGGGCCUCCAAGGCACAAUUGCACCACACGUUGGCAACCUCUCCUUUCUGGUCUCAUUGGAUCUCCGAAAUAACAGCUUCUCUGGGUUCCUGCCGAAUGAAAUCAGCCGUUUACAUUGCUUGAAGGUACUCAUGCUGUAUGCCAACCAGUUGGAGGGAAACAUCCCUCCAACUUUGUAUCGCUGUGAAAAGCUUGAAAUUAUUAGCCUUGCAAUAAACAAGCUUAGCGGCCAUAUACCUGAAGAGUUGGCUUUCUUACCCAGACUUGAGCAACUAUUUCUUGGUCACAAUAAUUUUUCUGGUGGAGUUCUGUUACGAUCCCCAGGAUCGUAA